AUGGAGGCCGCAGCCUCCGCCCUUCUCCUCCUUGGCCUCAGCGCCAGCCUCGCUGCCUUCGCCUCGGCCGCGGCUCCGUACGACCCGCCGACGGUGGGGGGCUACCGCGUCGGCUACGACAUCGAGCUCUCAGGCACGGUGUCCCCCGGGACAGUCACGGGGCUCGAGGGCGUCCGCGUCCGCGUGCUCUUCGUCUGGGUGCCCAUCACCGGCGUCCAGGUGGCCGGCGGAGAGGUCACUGUCCACAUCGGGCCAAUCAGGAAGUCGUUCCCUGCCGUUGGGUUCAAAUCCAGCCCCCAGUGCACCAUCGGAUCGGCGGCGGCAGAUAUCUUGCUUCCUUCGGUAGAACAGUAG